AUGCCUGCUCUUACGCGUAACAAGCAGAAGGGAGCUAAGUCGCAGACUCCUCCACUGAUUAAGCGGACUAAAUCGAAUCCCACGCCUCCACCGAAGAAGGCGAUGAAGUCCCAUAAGCCUCCGUUGAAGAAACAGAGGAAAGGUGUUUCGGAUGAGAAGCCUGAAGUUUCUAAUGAUGAGGAGGAAGAGGAAGAAGAAGAAGAAGAAGAAGUGAGUGAAGAGUCUGAUGAAGGAGAUGAAUUGGGUUCUGACCUUUUCUCAGAUGGUGACGAAGAAGAAGAAGAAGAAGAAGAAGAGCCCUCGGAUGACGACUUUCUUGGUGGUAGCGAUGAGGAAAAGGGAACUUUGGGUUCUGAUUCUGACUCUGAUGAGUCAGAUAUCGAGAAGGAAAGUAAAGCUAUUGAUGACGAACGUGAAAGGCAGGAGCAAGAUGCAAAAGAUGAAUUGCAGAUGAACAUUAAGGAGCAACCUGAUGAGUUUCGCCUACCAACCAAAAAGGAACUUGAAGAAGAGGCAAGUGGGCCACCAGAUCUUCCUACCUUGCAAACUAGGAUAAAAGAGAUUGUUAGAGUGCUGUCGAAUUUUAAGGAUUUGAGGCCAGAAGGAGUCAAGAGGAAGGAGUUUGUUGAACAGCUUAAGGCUGAUCUGGGUUCUUAUUACGGCUAUAACGAGUUUCUUAUUGGAACUCUUGUUGAGAUGUUUCCUCCUGUUGAACUCAUGGAACUAAUCCAAGCUUUUGAAAAGCAAAGGCCUACUUCUAUACGUACCAACACUCUUAAGACUCGGAGACGGGAUCUGGCUGAUGUACUUUUGAACAGAGGAGUUAAUCUAGACCCAUUAAGCAAGUGGUCAAAAGUUGGACUUGUCGUUUAUGAUUCACAAGUUCCAAUUGGUGCAACUCCUGAAUAUUUGGCUGGUUUCUAUAUGUUGCAAAGUGCUAGUUCCUUCUUGCCAGUGAUGGCUCUUGCUCCUCGAGAGAACGAGCGCGUUGUGGACAUGGCUGCUGCCCCUGGUGGUAAAACAACUUAUGUUGCUUCCCUAAUGAAGAAUACUGGCAUAAUAUAUGCAAACGAGAUGAAAGUACCUAGGCUUAAGUCACUCACUGCCAAUCUGCAUCGCAUGGGGGUGACAAAUACCAUAGUUUGUAACUAUGAUGGAAGAGAGCUACCCAAGGUUUUUGGUCCGAACUCGGUAGAUAGAGUAUUGUUGGAUGCUCCUUGCAGUGGAACCGGAGUUAUAUCAAAAGAUGAAUCAGUUAAAACUUCCAAAAGUGCCAAUGACAUAAGGAAAUUUGCUGAUUUGCAAAAGCAACUUAUACUUGCUGCGAUUGAUUUGGUGGAUGCCGAAUCCAAAACCGGUGGAUAUAUUGUUUACUCAACAUGCUCCAUUAUGAUUCCUGAGAACGAAGCUGUAAUCGAUUAUGCCUUAAAAAAGAGGGAUGUCAAACUCGUUCCAUGUGGACUUGAUUUUGGGCAAGCAGGAUUUACCAGAUUUAGAGAACACCGGUUCCACCCUACUUUGGAGAAAACUAGACGUUUCUAUCCCCACGUACACAACAUGGACGGAUUCUUUGUGGCAAAGCUGAAGAAGAUGAGCAAUGAAACGAAGGCUUCAGAAGGUGAUGAGCCGGUUGAAACAAAAGAGCAAGCUCAGUUGUCUAGUGAUGAAGAUGACGAUGAUGAGUCCAUUAAGGAGCUGAAGAAACCUUCCGGAGCCAAUGUAGUCAAGAACAAACAAAGAAUUCCAAUCUCAAAGGCGAACAACAAAGGCAAAAAGAACAAAAACUUCAAAACCGAAAAUGCUAAUGCGGAAGGACCCAGGAAGCAAAAGAAGAAGAGAUCACAAUGGAAGGCUGAAAUUGCACAAGCUAGGGAAGAUAAAAGAAAAGUCAUGAGAGAGAAGAAUACUAAGGAGCCUGGGAGAAGAUAAGUUCUUGAUGCAUAUUGGAGAACAGUCAAUUGGUGUUCUGGUCAUGGCAAAGGAAACAAGAAAGGAGGCUUCGUUGGCUGAGGCUAAGGUAUCUGUUGCAGUAUACAAUGGCUUUGUAUUUUGUUUAAUCAACUGAGUUGGAUAACUUAAAACCAUGGGAAAGAAACAGUGACACUCUUGUGGACAAGUUGCAUGCAUGUCCAACAAAAGUUUUGUAUCAAUCUCAUAAGAUUGUUUUGUGUGGAUCUGUUCUUAGUAUCUUUUUCCAUUGUGGAAUUAUAAAUUAGUUGAAAAAAAA